AUGGCUAGUCCAAAUCCUGAAACAGAUUCGUCUUCUAUGUUUAUGCAAAGGGGAGAUAGUAAAAAGACCAAAAGUCCGACAAAAUCUGAACCAUCAUCCAGAAGAAAUUCUAUCGUAAAGAAUAUACCUGCAGAAGUAAUCACUGUUAAAGAUUUCUUUGAUUUUAUGAAAACCGCUUAUCAAGUCUAUGAACACUUAGAGGGCGAUGAAGAUGAGGGUUCUAAAAUUAAUUGGGAGGAAUUAACGAAGUUAACGGUUAUUAACCAUGUCAUUGACCAACAAGAAAGAGAUCUCUUGUAUCAAACUGCGUAUUCCGAUCAAAAACCUAUAACUAGCAAAAGUGACACAGCAAUUGAGAGAAGAAAUAGCGAAACAGAACGUACUGAGAAGAGAUAUAGCUGCAGUGAGAUUGAAAGCAAAGGUCGCAGACGUUCAUUACCACCCGAAGCAAGAGUAGAAAUGCUAGGAGUUUGGACCGAAGCUAAUUUGAAUUGCAAGUUAAACGACGUAAUAAAUGAAGGAAUAUUGGAUUCCAUUCUACCUUAUCUGGUGGGAUAUAAGAAGCCCUCAAAAACUACAAGUGUUUAUGGGCCAAUAAUAAAAAAAACUCCUUCAACCACAUCAACAGAUGUAAAGAAGCCCGCUAGUUUUGGAGGUUUUAUAAAUGAAAAGGAAUCGAGAGAUCGCUUGGGACGGCGCAAGUCCUCCGUGGUUGCAGCACAAGAACGUGGAAACCAAAAACAAGAUGGUGACGUAGAAAUUCACGUUUGUGAUGAAGUCAAAGGCUUGAAAAAAGAUUUUAGAUGUCCUCAAAAGUUACUGGUGUCUAAGAUGGGAUACUUUGCCGAUGUGACCGCCGGACAGAGACUGGAGGAUAUGGAUAUAUCUGUACAUUGUGAUAUUCAGAUUUUUGAUUGGCUAAUGCGUUGGGUCAAGCGUGACACUAUCCUAGUGGCCGAUUGGCCUCUUCUGGAUCCUCAUAAUGUCAUACCUAUCCUCGUGUCUGCCUCUUUUUUACAAAUGGAGCCUCUCCUUCACGACUGCUUGAUCUACUGCCACGCGCACAUGAACGAUAUUGUGAAGACUUCAACCAACUUGGCAUGCCUCAGUGAUGCACUUUUAACAAGAUUGGCAGCAAUGUAUACAAAUACGGAACUAGAAGCUAUUCGUGACCGCAAGGACAAGAUACUAUCACGUCUCUACUGCAAGAUGAUCCUCUCGCUGGCGGAGCCGGUGCCGGAGACAUUGCGCGGCCACCACGCCACGCUCGCCACGCUCUUUAAAUGCAGCAAGUGUAAUAAACUCCUAGGACGUCACAUAGCAGAGCAAGUGCCGUGCCAGCCCGCCUGCAUGCGCAUCGACCGACGCGGCAAUGUUAUUUCCAAUCAUACUAAGGACGUGUCGUGGAGUCUGAACGAGUAUAUAGCGUGGCUGUACGGCGAGUUGCGCGCGUGGCGCCGCGUGUACUGGCGCCUGUGGGCCGACUGCCACUUCCUGCGCUGCCAGCUCUGCAACUCAUACUUCCCCGCCUAUCAGAUGGAGUGGUGUUCGCACCACGAGCAGGGCCCGCACAUGUUCGCGCUAGAGGGCCGCGCGCCGCUGGCCGCCGGCCGCCACGCGUGCUGCGGCGAGCGCGCCUACCGCUUCGAGACCGUCGCCAGGAAUACCGGUUGCCAGUUUCGCGAACACGUUCCCGAUGAGGGCCUGGCGGCGGACGCGGCUGUGAUGGAGAUAUACAACAAUUUCAGAGACAUAAUAGCCAUGAGGCCGCCACAGUUAAUGUUCCCAGAGAGACUUACUCGACUUGUGCCUAGAGACGAUGUUGCAGAGGGUGGUGAGGACGCUAACGGUCGUCUCCAAUGCAAGGAGGUGUUCUGGUGGGAGGGCAUCCAACUGGUUCCGCCUCGACAGACCCUCGGCCUGCUCGGCAAGCUCUACACUAGCAACACUAAAUUCAACCCGAACGCGCGUCCUGGCUCGCCCGUUUUGAGUGCACCUCGUACAUCCGUGCAGUCUCUGGCUGGGAAUUGCUCAGCUGGUAUAUGUGCUUCGCCGGAGCGACGCGAAAUCAAACCGAAACUGCCUAUAAAGGAAGAAAAUUCGAAAAAGCCAGGUGGUGGCAGUGGAGAAGGGGGUGAUGUUGUAGACGUCUCGUCUAGCGAUUUGAGCGAGCAAAGCUCGGACAGUGGCCAGAGUGAAGAGGACGUACCGAGACGCUCUCGUGGCAGGGCUAGGGCUCCGCCCCUUGCACCGGCUCCACCGAUUACUAGGAACGCAGCUCGCCGCGGCCGCGUGCAAGGCAGGGUGUGGGCGUCGUCGCAGUCGGCGCGCAGCAACCAGGACGGGCAGAGGCGCUUCGAGGAGCGCGCCGCCCACCACAUGCGCGCCGCCCUCGCGCGCAGGCACCACCACGCCUCGCGGCACAGGCCUCACCCUGGCGGUGUGUACGCGCGCUUAGAGGCAGAAUGGCGUGAACGUCACGGCGCGAAGACUCGCAACGCUCCCUCCGCGCGCUCUCGCCCCAUCAAAUACAAA